AUGCCCAAGACGAGCAAGGCUAAGAAGACCAAGCAAUCUGUCGCUACCGAUGCCCCGACCCACCCGACUCUCGUGGCAGCCAAUGCGGUUUCCGACGUGAUGGUAGAUUUCCAGGCCUUCUCGCACUACGCACGCAACGGCGCCAACGUGACAAUCCGCGGCGCCAAGUCCAAAGACCUAUCCAAGUCGACACGAGACCACAUCGUGGAGCUCUUUGAGAACAACAUGAAGAGUUUAUAUCAGGCGUCGGAAUGGGGAUACGACGCUGCAGCUAAACGUACAGAGUUGUUCGAGGGCGAGGCGCGCUAUCUUUUAGUAAGCGAUGAAAGUGAGACACUCGUGGGCUUCGCGCACUUCCGCUUUGUGGAUGAUGACGGCGCCCUGGUGCUGUAUCUGUACGAGGUACAACUGGCCGCCAUGGCGCAGCGCCAAGGUAUCGGUAAGUUCCUCAUGCAGUUGCUGCUUCUGGUGGCGAGGAAGCAUGGGAUGGAGCUGAUGGUUCUCACCGUAUUCAAGAACAACACGGGCGCCAUGAGAUUCUACAGAGAGCGAUUGGGCUUCGAGAUCGACGAGACGUCACCGAGAGCGCACCCACUUUCUCCUUUGGUCUGCAUUAUGGGGUCUCCUCGACGCAGUAGCUCUGGAUAUCGCCGUGCGACGCUAGGACCACAGCUUUUGAUGAAAAAGAACACGUUCCAGGGUCUAGUGAUCCCAGUGACCCCGCUUCAACAGCAACAAGAUGUCAACGCGUUCGCCUCGGAGGCUUUGGCUAAGCAGCCGCGGCUGCGGAAGUUCCAGGAGUUUCCUCGAGCCUCUCGAAUUCGCACUGCAAUCAACAAAAACAGUAGCACGAGCGUCGUGGAAUUAGUUGAAAAGUGCGAGGAUGACACGUUAAUCGGUGUUGGAGACCGACUGCUGUACUUGCUGCAGCGUUGGCAAGUGACCAACGUGGUGCUGGUAGUAGCACAUCAUGAUUCCAGCCUCAGUGGGCGUCUGCUAGGCGGUGCUGAGCUCUACAAGCUGGCCACUGAAGCCGCCAAGCUGGUUCUGGAGCAGCACUACCUGGAUUCCGUCGCUGAAGCCGUCAAGAUCUCUGCGGCGCUCACUGCAACGGAAGCAGCUAUUACAUUACCACCCGAACAGAACCAAGAAAAGUUGCAGCAAGUGAUCCCAGCGACGUGCGUCAUGUCUAGCUAUACAGUCCCUACUUGGCCGAAACAUCACCAACCAACGAGCGAUGGCGGAGGUCGCAAGGGCGUCAAGCAAGGCCGUAUCAACCACUUCCGUCACCGCGAAAUGACCGCUACAGAACGGAACCAAGACGCAGAACGGGUCGAGGCUGUCUCGAACGAAGGCAUAACCAACGUCCUUAGUGCCAGAACCACCGGGAGUCUGGAAUGGUUAGGCAUAUCCCGCGAAGAAUGGCGAAAACUACGCAGUAUCCGGGUUCCAGUCCGAGAGCUGCACUAUCUUUUUAUGUGCCUCGUUAUCCUCUUGGAGACGCCCAUCGAGCAGCGCGAUGCACGUAAGAGUAAACCCACUCCAAAGCAGCAGGAGCAGUUCGUACCGUCCGAUUUUUCCUGGGCUCAUUGUCGUCAAGUGUUGCAUAAAUCAUCGGAAUGGAGUCAUCGUCUACGAACUGCACCAAAAUUUAUGCGUGGCUGCAAAAGCUGCUCGAUGAGUACGAUGAGAGAGAUCUCGGCUUGUUGCGCAUCGACGUAG